GUACAAUGAACUCUUGGACAUUCCUCCUAUUCCUAGCCUUCUUGAUCACUACCACAAAUGCUUCAGAGGACACAAAGACUUACAUUGUUCACAUGGAUAACACGAGAAUGUCCCAACCGAGUAACAUGGAUCAAGGGGACUCAAAGCAAUGGUAUGAAUCGAUCCUGGAGUCCAUCGCUGAAUCUUCUUCUUCUACCUCUCGGCUUCUUUAUGUCUAUGAAACUGCCAUCUCUGGGUUUGCCGCGAAGCUUUCAUCCGAGCAGCUUCGCUCGUUGACCAGAGUCGAUGGGUUCCUCUCUGCCACAGAAGAUGAAUUGCUUACUCUCCACACUACGCAUUCGCCCCAAUUUCUCGGCCUGCAAAAUGGAAGAGGAUUAUGGGAAGAGGCAAAGCUCAACUCCGACAUGAUAGUCGGUCUUAUCGAUACAGGAAUCUGGCCGGAGCACGUCAGUUUCCGAGACACGGGCAUGCCCGAAGUGCCAUCUCGGUGGAAAGGUGCUUGUGAAAGCGGCACAAACUUUUCAUCUUCGAACUGCAACAGAAAGCUCAUUGGCGCGAGGGCCUUCUUCAAGGGCUACGAAUCCGUUGUUGGAAAAAUCAAUGAGGCGACAGAUUACCGAUCUCCACGCGAUAGGCAGGGUCACGGGUCUCACACGGCCUCCACGGCUUCUGGUGAUCUUGUAAAAAAGGCAAGCUUGUUCGGCUUGGCCAAGGGAUCCGCCACCGGCAUGGAGUACACGGCUAGGAUUGCUGUCUACAAAGUUUGUUGGAGGCUGGGCUGCGCCAACUCGGACAUACUAGCCGCGAUGGACUGUGCCACAUUGGACGGUGUCGACGUGCUGUCACUUUCUUUAGGAGGCAUUGCAAGGCCUUAUUAUACAGAUACCAUUGCGAUAGCCUCGUUCAGUGCAGUCCAAAGAGGCGUUUUUGUGUCAUGCUCAGCAGGAAAUUCAGGGCCGAGCCCUUCGACCGUUAGCAAUGCCGCCCCGUGGAUAAUGACGGUUGCAGCCAGCUACCUUGACAGGAGCUUCCCGACGAAAGUCAAGCUCGGGGACGGCCAGACUUUCGAAGGAUCAUCCCUAUACUCAGGCAAGCCCACUGAGCAGCUCCCACUCGUGUACCGAGAGACUGCUGGUGGCAAAAGAGCCGAGUAUUGCACAGCAGGCACGUUGGACCCGAAGCUCGUCAACGGCAAAAUCGUCAUCUGUGACCGGGGGCUGAACAGCCGGACCGACAAGGGACAGCAAGUGAAGCUAGUGGGUGGAGCCGCAAUGAUCAUGCUCAACGACGAAAACGAAGGCGAAGAGACUCUGGCUGACGCCCACAUUUUGCCGGCCACCUCUGUAGGAGCCUCAGCAGCCAAAGCCAUCAAGCAGUACCUCAACUUAUCAGACAACCCGACUGCAUCAAUCUCUUUCCGAGGCACGGUGUACGGGUAUCGUGCACCGGUCAUGGCCGCGUUCUCUUCGAGGGGCCCCAGCCUGGUGGGUCCUGAAGUCAUCAAGCCCGAUGUCACCGCCCCGGGUGUUAAUAUACUGGCCGCAUGGACCCCGGUUACUGCCCCUUCACUCCUGAGGAGCGACAACCGUAGCGUGCUAUUCAACAUAAUCUCGGGCACUUCGAUGUCGUGCCCUCACGUCAGUGGCCUAGCCGCACUCCUAAAAUCGGUGCACAAGGACUGGUCACCGGCUGCUAUAAAAUCAGCCCUCAUGACCACAGCCUAUACUGUAGACAACAGGAGGGAACCCAUUUCCGAUAUCGGCUACGGCUUCGAGGUGGCGACACCGUUUGCAUUCGGGUCGGGCCACGUCGAUCCGGAGCAGGCCUCAAAUCCUGGACUGAUCUACGACAUAACGACCGUUGACUACCUGAAUCAUCUCUGCAGUCUCAAGUACAAAUCCUCGCAAAUAGCUCUCUUUGCAAAGACCAACUAUACCUGUCCUAGAAACGCAGCCGCGCAUCCUGGCGACCUGAACUACCCAUCCUUUGCUGUGCUGUUCAAGUACGGCGCUGGGAACGCGAUCGUUGCGCACAAGAGGACAGCGACGAAUGUCGGCAAUCCGAUGAGGAGGUACAGGGUGCAGGUGGAUGAACCCAACGGAGUGUCAGUGAUCGUCGAGCCGAGGAAUUUGGUUUUCGGGAAACUAGGAGAGAAGCAGAGUUACAAGGUGACUUUCGUGGCGCUAGGAGGAAGUUCUGUUCCCUCCAACUCGUCCUUCGGGUCGAUUGCUUGGAUCUCUGGGAGGUACAUCGUCAGGAGUCCCAUUGCUGUAACCUGGAACUAGAACUGGGAAUUUAGUAGAUCAGAGACCCGGAUUGGGUUUAAAGAUUUGCAAAGGAAGGGAAAAAUUCAAAAUCA